AAACUCGCCAACUCCGCCCUUGUCCCCGCGGGAUCCCGGAGCCCGAGCCGGCCUGGGGCCGAGGCUGCCCGAGCGGCGCUGCGAUUCAGCGAACAUGGCAGCAGAAUGAGGAGGCUGGCGCCGGGUGGUGACCACCGCUGCCGCGCUGCAGCUCGAGAUCCGCGCUUGGCGCGCUGCUAGUUGCAUCCUUAGUCGGCCUCCUGGUGGCGGCUGGGUUAUUUCAUUCCGAACCCAGAGCGGGGGAGAAAGGAGAACCCGCAGCUGAGCGAUCUGUGCUCUGGCAGGGUGUAGGAUCGUGUGUGCAACUCGCCCGCUUGCGCAAACGACACAGGAGAGAGCUGGUCCAGGGCUGCGGCGACGCGGGCGCGGGGAUGAACCGGCAAUGGAGCGGCCUCGGCUAGGCGCACGGUGCCAGCCGGCGCUGCAGCCGGAGCGCUGCCUGAGCCCGGGCUCCGAGGGGCUUUGGGGCCUCGCGCACCCUGGGGGAGUCCCUGCCACCACUGCCUCCGCGAAGGACGGGGACCCCGCGUGGUGGACACUGCAGCAGUCGCGGCACUGAGGCGCUCCGAGCCUGAUUCGCCUGCAGCUUGGUGCGCCCUCGGCACCUGGGCGCCUUGCCCGGUGCUCAGCAACUGGCGAAAGGUGAGGUCGGCUGCUGGAGCCUGGUGCCGGACUGGCUAGGGAGGUGUGUGUGCGCGUGUUGCACUAGAGAUCCGAGCCGAGGCAGAACCGAGCGGACCUGAGCAGCCAUGCUUCCCGGGGUGGGCGUGUUCGGCACCAGCCUCACGGCCCGUGUCAUCAUCCCGCUGCUGAAAGACGAGGGCUUCGCGGUGAAGGCGCUGUGGGGCCGCACGCAGGAAGAAGCUGAGGAGCUCGCCAAGGAGAUGAGCGUCCCCUUCUACACCAGCCGCAUUGACGAGGUGCUGUUGCAUCAGGACGUGGACUUGGUGUGCAUCAAUCUGCCACCGCCUCUCACCAGGCAGAUCGCCGUCAAGACCCUGGGCAUUGGCAAGAAUGUCAUCUGCGACCGGACGGCCACUCCGCUGGACGCAUUCCGCAUGAUGUCCGCCGCGCACUACUACCCCAAGCUCAUGAGCAUCAUGGGCAAUGUGCUGCGCUUCCUGCCCGCCUUCGUGCGCAUGAAGCAGCUCAUCGAGGAGGGCUACGUGGGCGAGCUGCUGGUGUGUGAGGUGCAGGUGCACAGCGGCAGCCUGCUGGGCAAGAAGUACAACUGGAGCUGCGACGACCUGAUGGGCGGUGGUGGCCUGCACUCGGUGGGUACCUACAUCAUCGACCUGCUCACCUUCCUUACCGGCCAGAAGGCCAUCAAGGUUCACGGUCUGCUCAAGACCUUUGUCAAGCAGACGGACCACAUCAAAGGCAUCCGCCAGAUCACCAGCGAUGACUUCUGCACCUUCCAGAUGGUGCUGGAGGGCGGGGUGUGCUGCACAGUCACUCUGAACUUCAACGUGCCCGGAGAGUUCAAGCAGGACGUGACUGUGGUGGGCUCAGCUGGGCGCCUGCUGGCAGUAGGCACUGACCUGUAUGGGCAGCGCAACAGCGCCCUGGAGCAGGAGCUGCUGCUGCAGGACACCACGCCUGUGAGCAACUCCCUGCUGCCCGAGAAGGCCUUCAGUGACAUCCCCUCACCCUAUCUGCGUGGCACCAUGAAGAUGAUGCAGGCUGUACGCCAGGCUUUCCAGGAUCAGGAUGACCGGCGCACAUGGGACGGGCGGCCGCUCACCAUGGCCGCCACGUUUGAUGACUGCCUGUAUGCGCUUUGCGUGGUGGACACCAUCAAGAGGUCCAGUCAGACAGGCGAGUGGCAGAACAUUGUCAUCAUGACAGAGGAGCCAGAGCUGAGUCCUGCCUACCUGAUCAGUGAGGCCAUGCGCAGGAGCAGAAUGUCCCUCUACUGUUAGAGGGGACUGAAAACCCCAGGGACUUAGGCCUUCUGCAUGGGGUCCAGAAAGGGGGCCACUAGGAAUGGGGGAGAGACUGAAUGAAUAAAAGGUACAUGAGAAAGUAAACCCCAGCCCAGAUAAGGGACUUGGGGGACUUAGGCCUUCUAUGUGAGACCCAGAGAGGGGGAAGGCAUGGGGACCCCAGCCCAGGUAGGGGACCCCACUCAAGCACGCUGGUGGGCUGAGCCAGCCUGGAGCAGGUCCCUGCGGGGUACUGCAUGAGAGUGAGGAGGUUUAGUGGCCUCUACUGUGAGAAGCAAGGAGGAGCUGCUUCCCUCCCUACCUCAUCCACCCACACACCUUGGCCUUCUUUGCAAGCCAAAUGGCACUGCAAGGUCAAGGCACUGUCAGAUGGCAAGGUCAGUGGGAGCCAGGCUCCCCCCAACUCUGCCACUGGCUGGAGAAGGCACUUUUAGCACAUGUCCACAUAAGCUUGUUAGUCUAGGGAGAGGCGGAGGGUGUGUAUGACUAGUGAGAAAGUUCAAAUUCUAGGAAGCCACUUUUCUACUCAAAGCAUCUGAAGGAAAAGUACUUAGUAGCAGAGGGUACAGCUUCCUGGGUUAAUCUUCCUCCUAGGAAGCCUUAGAGUGUGUUGAACUGGCUCCUAGCCCUUCACCUGGGGCCUUAGGGAGCAUCAAAAAUGGCAAGCAGAGAGCAGGGCUCCCUUGAGCUGAAAGAAGCAAAGGAGCACACUGAAACAGAUGAGGCAGAGAAUAAACUGUCCUUCAAGGAGCCACUUUAGGAUUCUUUCCAGUGAGGGUGGAACAUGCAGGACAGGGGUUUGUUACUUAGUAACAAUACCAUGUGGUAAGGAACCCUACCCUGGGUUCAGACAAUGCCAAGAACGUCAUGCCCAGUGUGGGCUUCACUGCAAGCUUCUGCUUGCCCUCGAGGACUGGGGACAGCUCUGGCCUGGGAGAUGCAGUCUGAACUCCCAAACAGAAGGGAAAAUGAGCAUAUUCCCUGGCUUUGGCCUCUAACACCCAUCUCUCCUACCAAGCUGGGAAGGUGUCAGGAACUUCAGCCAGCUUUGUGAAUUUAAAAGGGAGGCAGGCCUUCAUUCACAAUCAGAGUCCUUUGAAGUUCUUUUCCUUAGCUUUGGCCUUGGCUUUCAGGAUUCUGACACCUGGAAACUUUUGAAUAAGUAUUAAGCAAAAUCAUAAGGAUAACAAGGAACAUAAUUUUCAGUGUUGCUAAAAUGGGAGUUUAGAGACCUUGGAGAGAUUACAUGGAGGGCAGAGAAGGCUAAUGUUACACAAAGCAUAAAGAUGCUUUUACUUGCUCUCCUGUCUCUCUUGUCUUUUACCCUCUAUGUACAGAGCUCUCAUUAAAGAUGGCCAACUGUAAGCUUAAAGUGGGCAGUGCCAAAAGGAAACAGCUAGCCACAUAUGACACAUGUACAUUUGUAAAUGCUUGCUAUUGUCAAAUGUCACCAAAACCAUUUUUCAAAAUUCAGGUCUGGUCUUGAAAGAAAGGUCAAGUACAUUUUGAAAAUGGGGAAUUGUCUUUUUGUUAUCUUUGCUACCCCUCUCUCUCCCCCAAAACAUUUGUGAGGUUGGAUUAAGUCUUCAUUGUUUUGUUCUCACUUCCUGAAGUCAAACAGGUGUCUUUGGCUUGCAACUCAGGUUUAAACUUUUCAAAUAACUGGCAAUAGAAGUGGAAGAGAAUUUAAGCGAUCUCCCAAACAGUCCAAUCAGGUGCAUCCUCCAUUCUCCUCCCUUGGGUCAAUUCUAGUCAAGGCUCUGGCUACCCACAGGUGCAGCCAUGGAUGUGUUCCAACACCAGGAAUGGUGGUCAUUUCCUAGUACAAGGGAGUAGGUAUGGACUUGAUGGAAUCAUGCUAUUUCCCUGGGGCCUUAAUGCAAACUGAUAGAGUUAAUCAGCUGAAACACGCCAUGUCCCAUUAUGGUCCCUGAGUGUUGACAUACCUCACAGUUAGCAUUCCAGAUUUGCAACAGCAGUUCAAAGUGGAAAUUUGUUGAGCAAAAGUUUACCAGUACUAGCUUGAGCAAAAGACCAUAUUUCGGGCUGUUUUGGAUGCCUAUUCCCUUCAAUUACCUUCUGUGGAAGUAGUUUUUGUGGAAACUGAGAAGAAUUUUUCCUGACUAUCCUGGAAGGCUGUGGUUUAAGAAUGAAGGGAAAGAAAAUUAGAUGAGUCCAUGGGGAUUUUUUUUUCCUAAGGCAUUUAUAAUCAAUCCUUGGGGGUUCAAUUUUGGUGUUGUACUUAACAAUGACACUAGAGAGACUUUUUUCUUUCCAAAGGCCUCUGACCUCUGUGAUAAAUAUUCAGAGACUAAAACAAAAAUUCUCAUUUGAAGCUGUGGGAUAUAGAAAGAUUACAUAUUCUGUAAAAGCAGCAUGAAAACUUAGUAUGUGUACUCAAAUUUUAUCUAUUGAAAUGCAUGUACUAGGUAGAUGUAGGAACAAGAGGAAGAAAAACACCUAGGUAGAUCAUUUUUUAAAAUAUAAAGAUGAUAGCAAAUGGGAUUAAGAGACUUCUUUUCUACGCCUUCUGCCCUUGGCUGACCAUGUGCAAAUUACUGGUAGAAGCAACAAUGUGGGCCCAGAUCUCAAGCCUUUAGUCACAUCCUGCAGAGGGACUUUGUUUCAGCACAGCACCUUCAGGGUACUGGGUCACACCUGCUGACUUUGACCUAGGACUAAAUCCCAGCAAUAAUCUAGGUCCUUUCUGCUUUAACAUGUUUCAAGGUCCUGACGUAAUAGAAGUGACAUGUUGGAAUCUUCUGGUUCAGUUCCCCUUUGCCUGUCUUGUUCUCACCAUUGUGUGGAUGACUCUGGUUUUCUGGAAAAGUCUUAAAGUUCCAGUUCUCAGAGAGGAAUUAGGUUAGAGUUCUUUCUGGUUAUCCACAAGAGUUUGGGGAUGCCUUUGGGCUUAUUGAGAAAGUUUGGAGUCUGUGAAAGAAUCUGUGACCACUGUCAGUUUCUCUGACUUCUCCCAAUGAGAAAAUUACAUUGUGGGGUACCUCUAAUACACAUUAGCCUACCUGGCAGCAAAUACCACUGUGUCACAUGUUAUCUGUACAGUAGGGGCAGUCAUGGCUGACUCCAAGACUUAACCAUUGGGUGUAGAGUAUUUUAAGUAUAUUAUUACAUUAUCCCAUUCAAUCCAUAUAUAGUAUUGGGUAUUAUCAUUCCCUUUUUAUACACGAGCAAAUAAUUUGCCCAAAGGCAUACAACUAGUAAGCAGAGGUGGGCUCACUCAAAUCCAAAACCUUUCUUCUCUAAACCACAAUUUGUUCCUGCUCUUGCCUGGUAGAGAAAGUGCUCCCUACCUAGCCUAUAGGGGGCGCUCUGACACGCUCUCCACAUUUGAUGUUUGCCAGAAGGUUAUUAGAGUCGCAAAUAGAAGUAAUCAAUUUUUCUUCCCCUUCCCAAACAGAAAUAUCACUCAGCUUCUUUUCAAAUGGACUUAAGUUGAUUUUUGACUGUAGGUGACUCAACCACUCUUAGAGUUUGGGAUUUUCAAAACAUUGUUGGCCAAGUAUUAGAUAGCCUUGGAUUUUGCUCUCAGGGGCUUGAGUGUAACACAGGAAGGUAUCUCUUCUCAGGGAGUGGGGCUGUUAAGGUUCAUUUGUUUGCGACUCAGAUAUAUUUAGCUGUGCAUUUGUACUGUUACUACUCUCUUUUGUGCUUCAUCCUAUCUCGUAGUUAACAACUAUUGAAUUUGACCUGUGAUUACAAAUUGGGUUUCUGAUCUGUUCUUUUAUUCUGGUGGACACAGGAGGAAAACAACUUUGCUAAUGACAUCCUGGGAGAAAGUAAAUCCAAAUGUAUGUGAAGGGACUUCAGAGCCUAUUAUAUUCAGUCCUUUUAUAUUACAUCCCAGAGAGGGAAAAUGAUGGCCAAGGUCCCCACGCUUCUAUAGUGGUAGAGCCAGGAUGAGAAGCCCAAUUUCCUGACUCUCUUAUGCUGCCUCACACAGCACCUUCAGGGCACCCACGUGGAGAAAUGAGUGGUCUGAGUGCCUCUGGCUAGUUGGCAGAGAAGUUGGAAUUAGAACUCAAACCAAAUUGGAUUAAAUUCCCUGAGCUGUGGCAAGUAAAUGUUUGUUUCUUUAUGAACUCAAUUAUGUCUUGAAUGUACUUAAAAGCUAACUGUUUAAAUUCUUCAAUUGUGACUAUAAACAAUUAUCUCUAAUUUGUAUUCUACUUGGCAAGGAUGGGAGACAUAAACUCGGAUUUCUACAUUUGGGAUUUGCCGAGGUCCAUGACCUUCCCAUCCUCUGGCUGGUAUAAAUUGAGGCUCUGAGUAGCUUAGGAAUCUUGCUCCACUCAAUGCUUACUUUGCUUGGCCAUUAAAGCCUUGGAGUUUACAGGGUAGAAGCCACAAUACUGGGGAGCUUGUUGGAAAAAUAAAGUCAACUAUCAGAAACCCACAUUUCAAUUCCUUUUUAGGAAAUGGAGGAGGGCAUUGAAAGAAAAAUCGUGAGACUUUGUAGUAUGCUUCCUGAGUCUUCACUGGCAAGGGGCAGGCAUCCCUGCCUGCCCACCCUGGGCAGAGGAACUGGCAGAUGCACAGAGCUGAGUUUCUGGGGACAAUCCAGAUGGGCUGGGGCUUCAGAGGCAUGCAAGGGGCUCAGUGGACCUGUUAUAAAAUCUGGCUGUGAAGCCGAUGCCAUAUGUGAGUGGAAGAUAGCCUGCGGGCCUUUUUCUCCCCUGCAUUGCAGUCCUUACUUGCUGGAGCCCUCGAGAGGAUUACCAACAGGGCUGCUGUCCUUCAGGCUCCUGAAGCAUUGCACUUACUAAAUACUUGUCAAUCUGCUUUUCAUUUACAGCAGCAGUGGAUAGAGAAAUAAGAACAUGCUAUAUGCAAUGGUUGAUGUUUCAUGCAGCAAUCAAAGCACUCCUGUACAGGGGUAGCAGGGAGAACACAGUGCCAUGGAGUCAUGCAUGAUGUCACUGUGUCUCCCGGACCCCAUCUAGCUCUCUGCUGCCCUCUGCAGUCACCACGAAGGCUAAGUUAUCAAAUAAGCCCAUGGUUUCUCCUUACAAUUGUGAUGCUGAGUCUAUCACAGGUUAAGAAACAAAGGCUCAUGGCCUGGCCCAUCCUUUAUUCUGCCCUGUGCCUUGCCCAGGGAGGAAGAAGUUUCUAGCAACUUUGGCUUUCUGUUUGCUGCCUGGUGCUUUUACAGUAUUUCAUUUAUUUUAUAUGUGUGUGUGUGUGUGUGUGUGUGUGUGUGUAUGUCUGUGUGAUGGAUUCUUUAACCAAACUGCAUCGAUUGGGUUGUCAUUAUCAAGUAUAUAUUUAUUGCGUUUUACAAACAUAAGUAUAUAUGUAUGUAUAUGUAUAAAACCAAACUUACAUAUAAAAAGUCAAGGCAUGUAUACUAAAUAUUUUAAAGUUAUUUAUCAAGGGGAAAAGAUGUGUGAUCUAAAGUAAACAGAGUCUAUAUUUUAUAUAAUGUAGAUAGCAAAAAAAAUAGCUUAUAAAUUAUAGAAAGAUUUGGUUUUCCUUUUUUAUUAUUAAAGCAAAAAAAAAAAAAA